AUGUCACCUCGAUUUAACAUGGACGACGACGCAGCGUCCCUCGUUUCCUCGCAAGAUUCAAUCACGGGGAUGGAGUUUGUUCAAAGAGCCAACCAAAUGAUGGCCGAUACGAAAAAACGUCGUGAUGCAAAGCGUAACAAGAUUGAAAAUGAGCGGGCUCAGCGCAUCAAGGAUGUCAAGAAGAAGCUUGGUGUUUUGUAUGAGAAUAGGAAAACUCAGAGAAGCAAAAUUCAAAAGGCUCAAUGGAAACAACUCUCCACCCUUAACACCAGGCGUCAAGAUCUUGAACGUCAGAUUCUCGACAGCAUGGCAGUCAUCGAGGGCAGCACUUUGAUCAUGGUUCGAGAAUUGAAUGCUGUUCUCCUUGGUCGUUUGGAUGCUAUGAGGAGUCUUGCCGAUGCCCAGUCUGCUACUUGA